AUGGAAUGCAUUCAAUAUCGUGCUUCAUCCAACAAGCUUGAAUCGGAGUCUCUACUUGAAAGCAUUUAUUCGGCCUCAAAAGCAUCAAAAGAUUUGGCAAAACAGGCCACCUCAAUAACAGUGAACAAGAGAAUGGGAUGUCUUAAAUCCUUCUUUCGAUUUUUUUCUGCGCCAACAGACGGCUCAACUGCAAAGUCAAAAGUUAAGCACCCUAAUACCCAGCCCUCUGCACAGCUGGCGCCUUCAAAACAGAACGCUUGCCAAAGCAAAGAGUCCGAAAACCGUCCAGCUGGCACAGAUACACCGAAAGAAGAACAGGUUCCAAUCGACCUAAGCGAGGAAGCGCGUCGCCUGGGGCUUAGGCGAUAUGUCGUGUGGCCACGGGACGGUUGCAACGAUGAACUGACUAAGAGUGGUACUGAGAAGCUUGUAGCACUCGCCGGCAGUGAGCGCAUUAGGACAAGCGACACCAGGGAUCUCGGGAUCAAUUUUUGGAGAGCUGAGCUUAGCGAUGAUCAGGUUGCCAUAGUGCGCAAAUUCCAUGAGGUAUCAGGUGUAAUGCGUGAUGAUGUGCCAGGAGCAGACCCCUUUGAUUGAACUGGAGUCUGGGGGGAUCUGGAGGCCUCACAGAACCCCGGUGGCAGGUUUCGCUUUCUUUUCUACCCAGGUCAUACUGCUUGCUGUUUCGCGUUCUACUUGGAUGCCUCUAUUGUUCGCAGUCCCAGCCUUGAUAAUUCUAGCCAGCCUAGGCAGUGGCACUAU